AUGGCAACCCCAGAGCUGAAGAAGCACAGCGUCGAGCACCUCGAGUACGACGACGUCGAGGCUAAGGGCGACGAGGCGCACCACCGCGUCGCGGAUCAGGCCGCUGCCGACUAUGUCGACAGCUCCGUCGUCAUUACGCCCGAGGAGAACAAGGCUAUGCGCAGGCGUAUCCACAAACACAUCCUGCCCCUCAUGUGUCUUGCGUACUUCCUCCAGGCGAUCGACAAGGGGACUCUGGGCACGUCGAGUAUCAUGGGCUGGCAGCAGGACGUCGGCGCCAAGGGCCAGGACUAUGCCCUCACCGCGACCUUCCUUUGGAUUGGCAUCAUCGUCGGAGAGCCUAUUUGCGUGCGCAAGCUGCCUCUCGCCAAGCUGCUCUCGGCCGGAACGCUCGCCUGGUCCGGCCUGCUCAUGGGCAUCGCCUUCUCCCUGAACGUCAAGGCCGUCUUCGCUCUGCGCUUCCUGCUCGGUCUCUUCGAGUCCCUGAUCGGUCCGGUGCUGCUCUCAAUCACAGUGCAGUGGUAUCGUAAGGAUGAGCAGCCGUUCGUGUCGGCCAUGUGGCAGGCGAUGAUAGGCCUGAACAACAUUGUCGGGGGCCUGCUUGGCUUCGGUUUUUACCACGUCAAGAAAACGCACGGCCUGGCGGGUUGGCAGUGGAUGACCUUGGCCAUCUCGCUCUUCUCAUUCUGCUGCAGCGCAACCCUCUUCCUCUUCCUGCCCGAUACACCGACGCAGGCGCGCUGGCUCACGCCCGAGGAGAAGGUGCGCUACGUCGAGCGUGUCCGCAUCAAUAACCAGGGUAUCAAGCAGAAGGUGUUCCGCAAGGACCAGGCAGUGGAGGCCGUCAAGGACCCGUACACGUAUUUGCUCUUCUUCCUUGCGUUCUGGCAGACUCUCGUCGUCGGCGGCAUCAACACGUUCGCGUCGCUCCUGAUCAACAAGGCGUUCGGCUUUGACGUCCUCCAGUCCCAGCUCCUCAACCUCCCGCUCGGCGCCAUGACCGUCAUCAUGUACUUUGUCAUGAGCACGUUGAUUGAAAAGACGCACAACACGCUUUACUGCAUGAUCGGUUUUGCGGUGCCGAACAUUGUCGGCUCCAUCGUGCUGCUGUGCGUCGCCCCGAGCCCCUCGACCAAGGGCGGCCUUGUCGUGGCCUUCUACUGCAUGCAGGUAUUCCAGGCCGCAAACCCGGCCAUAUUCCUCAUGCUCUCGCGCAACUCGGCGGGCCAGACCAAGAAGUCCAUCACGUACGCCGUGACGUACAUCGGGUGGGCGGGGGGUAAUGCGAUCGCACCCCAGAUCUUCCAGUCCAGGUGGGCGCCGCGAUACCUCACCUCGCUCGAGAUCCACAUGGCACUCUACGGCAUGUGGAUCAUCACCUGCCUCACUACCCGCUGGCUACUGGUCCGCCGCAACAAGGCCAAGGAGGCGGCUCAGGCGGGGCAGACGGUCAAGAACGAGAACGCAUUCGACGACUUGACCGAUAUCCAGAACCCUGACUUCCGCUACUCUCUCUAA